AAAAAAUUGGAACAAUGUGCUCUUUGCCAUCUUUUGCUUUGCAUCAUGAAUCUUUACUUUGCACGGCCCUUAUCAGCUUCAUUCAUUCACAGAGCAACCAUUCUAACAUGUUUUCUAGGAAGGUAAAUGAUGAUAAGGAAUCGGAUAAAGGAAACUGAGGCAUAAAGACCAUUUGUUCGACAUGGGAUAGGAAUUUUGGAAAAAAGAAAGCCAUAACGGUUUGGAAAACCAAACCUGUUUCUGAUCACUUGGUAUAGACAUGGCUGGGAGGAUCAUUGGCGUCGCGGUGGACUUCUCAUCAUGCAGCAAAGCAGCCCUGAGAUGGGCAUCAACGAACCUUACCAGGAGCGGUGAUAAACUCAUACUUAUCCAUGUGAACAGCUCCUAUCAGAAUGAACAAGGCGCAGUUCAUCUCUGGGAACAGAGUGGUUCGCCACUCAUCCCUCUGGCUGAGUUCUCAGAUGUCACCAAGACUUACGGUGUGUCUCCAGACAAGGAGACAAUUGAGAUCCUCACUCAAGUGGCACAUCAGAGAGGGAUUGAAGUUUUUGCGAAAGUAUUCUACGGCGACCCUGCAAAGAAGCUGUAUGAAGCAGUCGACCUGGUUCCCCUCAGCUGCAUGGUUAUCGGGAGUAGAGGGUUGAGCACGCUCAAGAGGGCUCUGAUGGGCAGCGUGAGCACCUAUAUCGUCAACCACGCGGCCUGCCCCGUGACGGUUGUGAAGGAGAACAUGUAGACAUGUAGCGGCAGUCAGCCCGUUGAACGCUGCUGUUUACAAGCUCAGUCACUGCAAGAACAACACGUCUAUGAUUCUAUGAAUGAUAGUAGUCAGAACAAAUAAGUGUGCUGGACAUGCACUGAUCCGGUGGAUCUUGCUCCUGUUACUCCCUGUAUAUCUUAAGAUGUAUUAAGCCAGGUGUAAUCGUAAAAUAAUUGCUUGUAGAAUC